ACUAUCGUUCAAGAUGGCGGCGCUGGUGUCCUUGAUGCUGAAGCCUCGAGCAGGUCUGCUGGCGCCCGGUCAGUCCUUUCUGCUGGACUCUGUGAGGUUUGCGUCGAAGAAGUCCGGUGGCAGCUGCAAGAACGUUGGGAAAAAAGACCCCGGUCGGAGAUACGGCUUCAAGAAACAGGAUGGGAACUUCGUCCAUGCCGGGAACAUCCUUGCGACGCAGAGGGUGAUGAGGUAUCACCCAGGAGCUCAUGUGGGGCUGGGAACCAACAGGAAUCUCUUUGCUCUGGAGGACGGCUAUGUCAGGUUCACCAAGGAGGUCUUCAUCCCACCGCCACGCAGCCGGAAGUCGUCACGGAUCAUCCCCAGACUGCCGCAAGGAGCCGUGCUCUACAAGACUUUCAUCAACAUCGUGCCGCUCAAACAGGAGGGCAAGUUCAAACUGAUGGACAUGGUUUGAGACGGACUGGACUGAACUGGAACCUCAUCCUUUUUUUUGUUGUUGUUGUUGUAUUCCUGUGGCGGUCAGGAUCAAACAUCACAAGCACCCUGGAGGACUUCAGCAGCUCGGGCUUCUGUCUUUGACUGAGGUGAUUUGACCUUUAGACGGAGCCGGUCCGUGAGGUCAGCUGUCAUACAGAAUGACUCGGUCCUCGGCUGCUCAUGAGACACUGUCACACUUUGCAUUUACAGUUGAUUUGGUCGAAACUUCACUGAAUAAAAUACACACAGGAAAAACAUUUCCAGCGUCACUUUUACAGAUUGUCAGUCUCUGGCAUCACUAUUACAGUAUUUUUUUUCUCCCAUAGUUACUAACUAUACAAAAAACAAGACAUCACCAGAUCGCUUUAAAUCAUGUGCUCCACCGGAUUUUACCCCAAUUUGUAUCAGGUUCGGGUCCAAAUUGGACACGUCACAGUCACGAAAACUUGAUGUUGUGAAGUUUUAGAAAGAGCAGAUCUGUUUUCUGCUCUUUGACAAUGUGUUUUCUUUUUUUCAGAUAAUCCAACUGGUUUGUAAAUGUUUUUUUUGGUUUAAGAAGUAUGAGAAAAUCUCAUCCAGUAAACAAACUCCUCAUAAAUUAAAUCUUUAAUCCUUAAAAAUGUAUUAUAAAUUAAAUCCCAGUAUAGCUGAAAAAUUCCAAAUCACUAAAUUUGGAGAUACAUGGUUAUUUUUGGACAUUAACGUAUUGUUUAUAUCAUUUUCUUGAUCAUUUGGAUUUACAGGAAAAAAAGUGGUUUUCUUCUUCUUCUUCAUUUGCUGCCUUUAUUAGUGACAUUUGACCGAAAAUAAGGGGAAAGAGAUGCAACAAAGGCCCCAGUCAUUCUAAAAAAAAAAAAAAGUAUUUUGUCUUCACAAAAAGAAAAGUAUUUUCAUGUCUGCUGUUUUAAAAAAAAAAGUGCAGUAGCCCAAUCUGGACACAAGAUGGCACCCCUUACAUCAGGUAAGUAUGAGUUUGUCCUAAUGUUCAUCAGUUGGGGUCCAAAUUACACAAUCCAAUACUUUAUAGAUUGGAUAUAUAUAUUAUUAUUAUAAAUAUAUAUAUUUGAAUACAUUUCACAACUUUUUAAUUUCUUUGGAGAUGAGCACCACCUCAGUCCUGUUUAUGCAGAUUUUUAUUUUUGAUUGUGAUAAUAUAAUUUAUCACAAAGUGUGUGUUUUUUAACUUUAACUGUAAUUGUUAAUCAUUUAGUCACAAGUGUUGAAUGUCACAAUGCUUUACAGGAAAAAUAAAACACUUUAUCUGUA